AUGACAAGUCCCUGGAUUGUCAAUCCAUCUAAUUUUGUCAAUCAACCAGAUGCUUCGAGAUCACAAUUACCUUUAAUUUCGAAUGGUGUUGAUGGAUCUGGAUUUGUUAAGGAAUGGAAUGAGGACUUCCAAGCUAUUCGUGAAUUACCAAACUCCACCAUUAAUGAAAGAAUUUUAAGGGAGAAAUUAUUAAUUAAAUCAUUAAAUGAAUUUAAUAAGGUGGCCACUGAAACUGCUAUGAAUGUUAUUAAAGGUAACUUAACACCAUUGAAUCCAAAUGAACCAAAAGAUUACCAUAUUUACUUGAGAAAUGGAAUUUUCUACUCAUUAGGUGUUAAUGCUACUGGAGCAUUUGAUUCUACUGGAGGUAAUGAAGCAGCAAGAUAUACUUCUAGCAAAGAUUUAGCAGCCAUUAAACUUUUGAACAGAAUUGAUGCUAAAGGUAUUUAUAACUUAGUUACUUGUAUCGUUGAUUAUAUGGGUCAAAGAGUUAUAUGCCAGGCACCUGUUCCAGGUAUUUUGGAUUCCAGCCAUGAAGAUGAAAACGAGGAAGAGCCCGCUGAUAAGGUCUGCUACGGCUUAUCCACUGAUGGCUCAAAGAUUCUAAGCGACUCUUCUUUCGAGAACGUAUUGAAACCAAUUGCGGAAGCAUUCCAUUUAAAGUCACAUUCGGUUACUUUAGAUAAUAAUGUGAAAUCUGAAGGUGAUUUAAUUACUUCGAAAGACAUAAAAGGUGUAAGAGGCACUGAUGAACGUAAAUAUAUUAUUGAUUUAUACAGGGCCACUCCCCUUGAUAUUGAAUUCAUUGAAUCUCACUGGGAUGAAUCCAAGGAAACUUCUUAUCCUCAUAGAGAAACUGUAUUAAGACACGAAGCUGUUGAGGAAUGGUGGAAGCGUAAGGUUUCCGUAUUAUUCAAAGCCGAAACAGAACGCUUAGAAAAGGAAGGGAAAUUGGAAGCUAAGGAUGGUGAAAAGCCACAAAUCGUACUUCCAUCUGAUCAAGUCACUGUUAAUACUGAUGCCUUUACUUCAAUUGAUGAAAAUUCAACCGAUCAAGACGAAGUUAGGGAAGUCUCCAAGUUUGUUAAAGAACAUUUAAUUGAAGAAUUUUUAGAAGAAAACUCAAAACAAAUAUCUCCAUUCGAUGGUAACCACUUAACUUCAAUGUUGCACAAACAAGGUAUUAAUUUAAGAUACUUGGGGUAUAUUGCUGAACAAGCAUGCCUUAGAAAAGAAAAACACUUGAAGAAAACUGCCGAAGCCAAAAAAACAAAUGAAGAAGAAGUCUCAAAGAGAAAGGAAGAAUCUGAAAAGAAAGCGGCUGAAGGAGAAGAUAAGGAUAAGAAGGAAGAAGAGAAGUCUAAUAAUGAGGAAAGUAAAGAAGAUGAUAAAGAAGAAGUUUCAAGCGGUGAAUUCGAACCAAUCGUUGCAAACUUUGAUUCUCUCUUCCGAAUUUCCGUUCAAGAAAUGGUUGCUAGAUCUGUUAAGCAUUUAUUGCGUAGACUUUCUGCUGAUAUCCCAGUCUAUUUAAUUCCUGCCUUUGUUUCUCAUUUCCAUAAUUGCUUAUUAGGAAGUAAAAUUGAUUCAAACCCAGAAUGUGUUAUUGAUGAAACUUUAAAGAGCUUCUAUAAUGCAACUGAAUUAGAAUUUACUAAGUUAAAUAGCAGAAGUGUUAUUGAAUUAGUUGCAAAUGAGGUUUUGAUUCGUUUCAGAUAUCAAUUACCAGCAGAUUGGAUUUCGAAUUUAAUCAGACCACUUCAAUUAUUUAGAGAAAUUGCCAUUAAAUAUGGUAUUCAAUGGAAAUCAUUGGAUUAUGUUUUCACUAAGGAAGAAUUUGAAGAUUUCAAAGGCAAAUUAGCUGUGGAAACACAAGUUGUUGAAGCUAAAUCUUCUAAAAAUAAAAAGAAUAAGAAACAACAAUCUCAACUUACUACUAAGCCUGUUGAACGCACUACAAUUUUCGUUACAGAUGACAUUGUUAAUUUUGUGCCAAUAGUUAAAGACUCAACUUACAAGUCAACUCUUGUUGACGAAAUAUUUGAAACUGCGAGAGCUCAAAUUUUCAAAGGCGAGAAUGAAACCGGAAUCAACUUGUUGAAUAAUUUGUUAUCUGUAUAUGAGCAAAUUUAUGGUAGAGUUCAUCCGGAAACGAGUAAAUUUUACGGAUUAUUAUCUCAAUACUAUGCCGAAUUGGGUUUAAAGAGUGAAGCUUGUGAUAUUGCCCGUAAAGCUUGCAUUUUGGCUGAAAGAACUACUGGUUUUGACUCGUAUGAAAGUAUUACUGCUUAUAUCAAUUCUGCAUUUUUCGAAAGUACAAAUGAUGACUACAUUAAUGCUUUGAAUUUGUAUAACAAGGCUAUAAAUGACUGGACCCUUGUUUAUGGUGAUGGUCACCCAUCAUCUGUCAAUACAUUUGCUAACUUAGCAGAACUUUUAUCAGAACAUAAGUUAUUCCAGCAAGCUAAUAAAUUGUUUGAAAAAGCUAUCUCUAUUUCAAUUAAAUUGAACGGAGAAGAAUCUCAGAUCUGUGGUAUGCUUAGAUACAGAUUCGGUGGCACUUUGUUAGGAGGUGGUGAUUUUAAAUCUGCUUUAGAUCAAUUUAAGUCCGCUAAUGAAAUUUUCACGAAAUUCAUUGGUCCUGAUGAUCAGCUUUCGAAGAAGUCUUCAAGCUUUGUCACUAACAUAUCCACUUAUUUAGCUUACAAUGAGCAACAGAAGUUAGAACAAAAGAAAGCACUUGCCCAACAAGCAAGCUCUUCUAAUGGUAGAGUCAAGGCAAAGUCUGCCAUUGAACAACAAUUAAAGAGCGGUAAAAAAGGAAAGAAAAAUGAUGUUACUCAACCUAAUCCUGAAAUUGCUUCUAAAUCAGUUGAUGAUAUUUUGCAAUAUAUUGAAGGAAAGAAUCCUAAAAAACAAUUAAAAAAGAAAUCAAAUAAUAAAAAAUCUAAGAAAUAA